CAUAUAAAGCCACUCAAGGCCCUCUCCACCGCUGCCCACCCGUGACCAUGAAGGCUGUGCUGCUUGCCCUGUUGAUGGCAGGCUUGGCCCUGCAGCCAGGCACUGCCCUGCUGUGCUACUCCUGCAAGGCCCAGGUGAGCAACGAGGACUGCCUGAAUGUGGAGAACUGCACGCAGCCGGGGGAGCAGUGCUGGACCGAGCGCAUCCGCGCCGUGGGCCUCCUGACCGUCAUCAGCAAAGGCUGCAGCUCAAACUGCGUGGAUGACUCACAGGACUACUACGUGGGCAAGAAGAACAUCACCUGCUGUGACACCGACUUGUGCAACGCCAGCGGGGCCCAUGCCCUGCAGCCGGCUGCCGCCAUCCUGGCACUGCUCCCUGCGCUCAGCCUGCUGCUUUGGGGCCCCAGACAGCUGUAGGCUUCCGGGGGCCCUGCUGCAGCCCACACUGGGUGUGGUGCCCCAGGUCCCCGUGCCACUCCUCACACACCCGGCCCAGUGGGAGCCUGUCCUGGUUCCUGAGGCACGUCCUAACACAGGUCUGACCAUGUCCCUCUGCGCCUCUGCCCUCCACCCUGACCCUCCCAUGGCCCUCUCCAGGACUCCCACCGGCAGAUCGGCUCUAGUGACACAGAUCGGCCUGCAGACGGCCCCUCCAACCCUCUCUGCUGCUGUUUCCAUGGCCCAGCAUUCUCCACCCUUAACCCUGUGCUCAGGCACCUCUUCCUCCAGGAAGCCUUCCCUGCCUACCCCAUCUAUGACCUGAGCCAGGUCUGGUCCAUGGGUGUCCCCCACACCCAGCAGGGGACAGGCACUCAGGAGGGCCCAGCAAAGGCUGAGAUGAAGUGGACUGAGUAGAACUGGAGGACGGGGGUAGCAUGAGUUCCUGGGAGGCUCCAGAGAUGGGGCCUGGAGGCCUGAAGGGAGGGGCCAGACCUCACAUUCAUGGGGCUCCCUGAACGGCAGCCUCAGCACAGCGUAGGCCCUUAAUAAACACCUGUUGAAUAAGCCA